AUGCACACCGUUUACGAAAGCGAAAAUCUGCUAGAAUGCAGUAACUUCAUUUUAAGAAGCAAAGAAUCUAUUGAUGAUUUUUUGCAACUGAGUGAAAUAAAAGAAGAAAGUGAAGACACCUACGUAAAUUAUAACAUUGAAUGUACACUAAAUAAGACCAUCGAGGAUGAAUGUGGAAUUGGACGGAGGAAAAAUACGUCGUUUCAUAGUAGAAGAGAAAUUUUGAAUAAUGAAUCAGGAGUGGAAGGAGAGUUAAAUAAAAAAUAUGAAUAUGGUGUAUCAGAUCCGAUUUCUUUAAAUUAUCCUACAGAAGAAGAUUUAAAAAAAGCAAAUGAUGUGAUAGAAUUGUUAAAAGGUUAUAAUUUGUAUGAAACAGAAUAUGCUUUAAAAAAAAGAGAAAGAGUAUUAGGUAUGAUUAAUAAAUUAUUUCACGAAUUUGUUAUAGAAAUAUCAAUAAAUCAAGGAAUAAAUGAAGAAGAUGCAAAACAUAUACAUGGAAAUUUAUACACAUUUGGUUCCUAUAGAUUAGGAGUUAUAACACCAAAUAGUGAUAUCGAUUGUAUAUUUUUAGCACCUCAAAAUAUAACAAGAGAAAUUUUUUUUAAUGAAUUCUAUUUAAAAUUACAACAGGAUAGAAAUGUACGUAAGUUACAAUCCCUUCCUGAAACAUAUACUCCAAUAAUUCAGUUCAUGUAUGAUGAUGUAGACAUAGAUUUGUUAUUAGCUACAUUGCCAUAUAGAACUUUAAAGGAUUGUUACUAUUCAUUGGACAAUGAUUAUAUUUUAAAAAAUUUAGAUGAAGUAACAGUAAGAUCUUUAAAUGGUAUAAGAGUAGCUGAUUUGAUAUUAUCAUCUGUACCAAAUAAAGAACAUUUUAGAAAUACACUAAGAUUUAUUAAAUUAUGGGCUAAAAACAGAGGAAUAUAUAGUAACAUUUUAGGAUUUCUAGGAGGAAUAUCAUGGGCAUUAUUAACAGCUAAGGUUUGUCAGCUGUAUCCAAAUUAUAAUGUUAGUCAAUUAAUAUGCAAAUUUUUUAGGGUUUAUUCUAUUUGGAAUUGGAAAUACCCUGUACUUAUACAAAAUAUAAAGAAGUAUAACAAUGUCGAUGGAUUGAAAAAUUUUCCUAUAUGGGACCCAGAGAAAAAUAUUAAAGACAAAUUACAUGUUAUGCCUAUUAUUACCCCAGCUUUUCCUUGUAUGAAUUCAACUCAUAAUGUUACAUACUGCACAAGGAGUAUUCUGAUAGAUGAGUUUAAAAGAGCUCAUGCGAUUAUUAACUACAUGGAACUAAACCCAGGUGCAAAUGUCAACUUCCUUAUGAAUCAAAUAAAUGGAAUGGUUACGACGGCUAACGGUUCUAGUGCUGCUUCUGCCAAUAAUAGUAUAUGGACGAAUAUCCUUGAACCGUUAGACCUCUUUGCAUCGUAUAAACAUUUUCUUCAUAUUCAAAUAAUGGCAACGAAUGAACUUAUAUACAAUUCAUGGAAGGGUUGGAUUGAAAGCAAAAUCAGACUUUUAUUUAAAAAAUUAGAAACAAUUAACGAGUUGAAAAUAAGACCGUAUCCCAAAUUUUACGUGUAUAAAAAGGAUAAAUUCUAUCAUUGCUCAUCUUUUUUUAUAGCACUUGUAUUUUUUCUUAAAAAUAUAUAUGAUAAUACUUUUAAUCUUUCCUAUGCAAUUCGGGAUUUUAUAGAGAUAGUUCUCAAUUGGCCUCAAAAAAAUAAAUAUCCAAAUUGUUACAAAAUUAAUAUAAGUUACCAAAAAAAAUCGCAAGUUAUGGAAUUUUUGUCUUCUGUAUCAUCCAGUGCCCAAACACACCAGGAAAACACAGCUGAAAACAGGCAGCAAAAUGAAGAUGAACCCAUCAAAGAUGAACGAAAUUCAGUCCAAGGUAGUUCCAACAUGCACGAUCAGCUCAAUGAUCAGCUCAACGAUCAGCACUUUGAUAUACAAGGUGAAUAG